AUGUCCGGUUUUACGUUACAUUGUUUUGCUGUUGGAUUUUUCACGUAUCUUGUGCUUUUUUCUUUUAUUUCAAUUACAUCUUCGGUCAACCUCGAUUUAAGUCAGUUAAGUAACAAAGUAGCAAAAAUCAAAGUAAGCCCGAGGGGAAAUCUGUGGGCAACAGGUCAUUUUAUGGGGAAGAAAAGCAUUGUGGACAGCGCACUACUUCAGCCUAAAGACAAUACGAUGAGUACCGUGAAGCUCGAACCAGAUGGUUACCAGGACGCUCAAAAAAUUUUCAAACAGAUACAACUCGACCCACAAGGAAGCAGCAUCAAAAUCACGGAUGCUGCAUUACUGAUGAAGGUAUUAGAGAACUAUGUCCAAGGCAACAGAAAGUGAUGAUUGUGAGGUCCACGAUUCAGAAACCCUGCAGAAACCCCUUAAACAGCUAGAUAUACACUUACUGUCUGAUUAAACCUGUAGGCCUACAUGUCAAAUCAAUGUGUAUGUUACGUGAAAAAUCACUGUGUAUUUGUUUUCUUAAAGACAUUUAAUUUAAUAAACACAAAAACUAG